CCCAACCAGCUCUGACCGUACUGUCAAAGAACAGGAAGACUCCAAUGCUAAGACGCAGCCCAUUCUUCACUGUCAUUCCGGGGUUAAAAAGUUAAACUAAAGUUGUAGCAGUUAUGGAAACUAAUUUGGGAGACGAGGUCGGGUCAAUUCAUCCGUAACGUCAACUCGUCGCCCGUGCCGUAGUCACCGAAACAACUCGUGGAAGUGGAAAGUUUUUUAUUUUUUUCCCCCCACGGAGACGUUACCUACCGUAGCCAAACAAGCUAGCCUAGCUAAAGCUAACGUUAGCACAGUUAGUGCCUCAAACUUUCGGGACUUAAAGUUCACAUUAUUUAAUCUUAGCACUCUGUUACACGUAGAUAUCAGUCGAGUGAACUUCUUGUUUGUGUUUUAGAAACGCAGCGGGCUGUUUUAGUACUUUUCAUCCCAAGCGAUUGGGAUUGUGCUUUGAAUUUCCCUCCUUCGGUGAUACAGGCAGGCGGCUAGCGAGAGGUUCGUCCCGUGUAGUUGGCUUUCUACCAAAUCAAUAGCUAAUUGUGGCUAGGUAGCCAGGGGACUAACCAAGGCCCAAAGGAAAUAACAGUUGUCUUUUUCGCGAAUUACUAAACAUCGUCCAAGGGAUCAUUUGCUUUUUUUUACGUUUGAGUUUAAGGGGAUUACCACCAACAGGUUCAUUUUGAUAUCUAAGUCAACUCAAAGGAUUAACUUUUAAAUAUGGAUCCCAACACGGGGAAUUCCGCCUCAGCCGCUGGUGCUAAGAAGGACAAAAAAUCAAAGAAGAACUAUGAGGAUGGAGAUGGGAAAAAGAAAUUUAAACUCAAACGGCUGUUUCCUGAUGAGUUGGAGCGUUUCACCAGCAUGAGGAUGAAAAAGGACAAGGAGAAAUCCGUUCCUGUGCCGGGUCAGCGGCACUCUUCAGCUGCCAACUAUGAGAUAAAUGCUCAGAGUGCUCUGCUGCAUGAUCAUUCAGAUGAAUAUGUCCUGGAACUCUUCGAACAGAUGCUGGUGGAUAUGAACCUGAAUGAGGAGAAGCAGCAGCCUCUAAGGGAAAAAGACAUUCUGAUCAAACGAGAGAUGGUCUCCCAGUACCUCCAUACAUCUAAAGCUGGCCAAAACCAAAAGGAGAGCACCAAAUCGGCCUUGAUGUAUAUCCAGGAGUUAAAGUCGGACUAUCAAGACUCACAGCUGCUGAGCUGUCUGGAGUCUCUGCGAGUCUCUCUUAAUAACAACCCUGUCAGCUGGGUGCAGAACUUUGGAGAUGAAGGGCUUGCCCUAUUGCUGAAUCUGCUUAGAAAACUACAAGAGGAAAAAGACGAGUACCCAAUGAUGGGAGUGAAAUGUCAACACGAGAUCAUUCGUUGUUUAAAAGCCUUUAUGAACAACAAGUAUGGUCUGAAAUCCAUGCUGGAGUCAGAUGAGGGAAUUCCUCUGCUGGCCAGAGCCAUCAACCCGAGGGUGCCUCAUAUGAUGGUGGAUGCUGUCAGGCUGCUCUCUGCCAUCUCAAUUUUGGACCAUCCUGAUAACCUUCAUGAGCAUGUUUUGGGGGCCAUUACAGAGGAGGCAGAGAAACAGGGCAUUGAGAGGUUUCGGCCUCUCAUUGCUGGCUUGAACAAUCAAAACAUUGCUCUUAAGGGUAGCUGCAUGCAGCUGAUCAAUGCCUUGAUUAGCCGGGGAGAGGAAUUGGAAUACAGGAUCCAUAUUCGCUCUGAACUACGGAGAUUGGGCCUCAGAGAACAGCUGAUGGAGGUGAGGAAGAUAGAAAACGAAGAGCUGAGGGUGCAGCUUACAGUGUUUGAUGAGCAGGCUGAAGAUGACUCCGAGGAACUCAAAGCACGUCUUGAGGACAUCCGCAUUGAGAUGGAUGAUGUGAGGGAAGUGUUUGACAUCCUAGUCAACACUGUGAAGGACUCCAAAGCUGAGAGCCACUUCCUGUCCCUAAUGCAGCACCUGCUGCUGAUCCGCAAUGAUUAUUUGGUCAGGCCUCAGUACUACAAGCUGAUAGACGAGUGUAUUGCUCAGAUCGUAAUUCACAAGAAUGGAGUGGACCCUGACUUCAAGUGCCGUAACCUCAGCAUCAAUAUUGAAGGCUUGAUUGACAACAUGGUGGACCAGACAAAGGUGGAAGCUAGCGAGGCCAAGGCAAAUGAGCUGGUGAAGAAGCUGGAUGCAGAGUUGACAGCACGCCACGAGUUGCAGGUGGAGAUGAAGAAACUGGAGGGCGACUAUGAGCACAAGCUGCAGGACUUGAGCCAAGAGAAGGAACAGCUGGCCUCUUCCAAGCUAGAGAGAGAAAAGGAGAACCAGGGACUACAACAACAGCUAGACUCUCUACAACAGCAGAUUGAAAAACUGUCCAAAGAUCUGGAAGAGGCCAAGACUAAAGUUGUCACAGUUACUGUUCCUGUACCAACACCUGGUCUGCCCCCUCCACCACCUGCUCCUCCCAUCCCUGGCCAGAAUGCAGGUGUGCCCCCUCCACCUCUACCCCCACCCCUACCAGGCCAUGCCUGUGUCCCUGUUGCCCCACCACCUCCUCCUUUACCGGGUCAAGCCGGUAUUCCCCCUGUUCCUCCCGCACCUCCUUUACCAGGCAUGCCAGGCCCUCCACCACCUCCACCCCUCCCUGGUAUGUCAGGCCCACCACCCCCUCCACCCUUACCAGGGAUGGGGCCUCCGCCACCACCACCACUGCCUGGGUGUCCACCACCCCCAGCCCUGGGCAUGCCUCCACCACCACCACCAUUUGGCAUGGGUGGCUGGGCUGCCCCUGCUCCACCUCCACUGCCUUUUGGGCUCCAGCCUAAGAAGGAGUACAAGCCUGAAGUCCAGCUGAAGAGAGCCAACUGGUGCAAGAUAGGACCAGAGGACCUAUCUGAGAACAGUUUUUGGACCCAGGCAAAAGAGGAGCAAUUUGAAAGCAAUGAGCUCUUUGCCAAACUCACCUUGACCUUCUCCUCACAGACAAAGCCCACUAAAGCCAAAAAGGAGCAGGAUGGUGGUGAUGAAAAGAAGCAGCAGCAGAGGAAGAAGGUGAAGGAGCUGAAGAUUCUUGAUACCAAGAUUUCGCAGAACCUUUCCAUUUUCCUGGGAUCGUUCCGUCUCCCUUAUGAAGAGAUCAAGAACGCCAUAUUGGAGGUUAACGAGAAGAUUCUCACAGAGUCCAUGGUUCAGAAUCUGGUCAAACAACUGCCAGCAUCUGAUCAGCUGAGUGCCCUGGGAGAGAUGAAAGAUGAAUAUGAUGACCUCGCUGAGUCCGAGCAGUUUGGGGUUGUGAUGUCCAGCGUGAAGCGGCUGAUGUCACGGCUUGAGACCAUCCUAUUCAAGCUGCAGUUUGAGGAGCAGCUGAACAACAUCAAGCCAGAUGUGGUGUCUGUCACAGCAGCCUGUGAAGAACUCAGAAAAAGCAACACAUUCAGCAAGCUGCUAGAGAUCAUCCUUCUUGUUGGGAACUUUAUGAAUUCUGGCUCGCGCAAUGGAAAGGCAUUCGGCUUCUCUAUAUCAUACCUAUGCAAGCUUCGUGACACCAAAUCAGCUGAUCUGAAACAGACACUGCUCCACUUCCUGGCUGAUGUGUGCCAGGAGCAGUAUCCUGAUGUCAUGACCUUUACGGAUGAGCUCAUCCAUUUGGAAAAGGCCAGCAGAGUUUCUGCAGAGACACUUCAGAAGAACCUUGAGCUGAUGGGCCGUCAGAUUAAGAACUUAGAAAAAGAUCUGGAAACCUUCCCUCCUCCACAAAGUGACAAGGACCUGUUUGUGGAAAAGAUGUCCAGUUUUGUGAGUAGUGCACGUGAGCAGUAUGAGAAACUGGAUCUGCUGCAUAAGAAUAUGGAGAAGCAAUAUGCCGACCUGGGAGAAUAUUUUGUCUUUGACCCGAGAAAAAUCUCAGCAGAAGAAUUCUUUGGCGACCUCAACACCUUUAAAAACAUGUUCCUGCAAGCGGUGAAGGAGAAUCAGAAGAGGAAGGAGGCUGAAGAGAAGAUCAAGAAGGCCAAGCUAGCCAGGGAAAAGGCAGAGAAGGAGAAGGAGGAGAAACUCAAGAGGAACCAGCUCCUUGACAUCAACGCAGGGGAUGAUGAAACUGGUAUCAUGGAUGGCCUGUUGGAGGCACUGCAGUCCGGCGCUGCUUUCAGGAGAAAGAGAGGACCGCGUCCAGCAGGCAACCACCGACGAGCUGGUCAUGCAGUGACCAACAUCCUGGCCAAAGAGCUGAUGCAGGAAGACUCGACUUCAUCCAAGCUCCCUAAGAAGAGAAUCAUUGAGAAGGAGGAGCCUAAAUUGGAAGGAGCAGAGUCAUUAGAGGAGUUACUGGAUGCUGCUCCCACUCGGUCCAGUUAGGCACCCUGGACUCACAGAGUCAGUGAUAACCAAACAAAGAUGUAUUUUGUAGCCAUUCCAGGGGCCAUUUUCCAUCUGAGAUUAGCUUCCUGAAAUGAAAAGGCCCGUGUCCAAUCCAGCCUUUGUCUUAACGGAACAAUCUUUUAGGAUAGCACUGACUGUGUCUUCUGGGAGGACAGGGUGUGGAAGUGGGUGAGGAGGUCUCACCUCAGUCACAAGCCCUGGAUGUCCCUCAUCAAUCUUAGGAUCGUUGCCAAUGUCACAGAUAUUUCUUUAUUCAGUAUGUGCACAUAUCUCUCCAUGUGUUAUUUUCUGUUUAUGCUUCUUGAUUUUCACCUGUCAUUCAUCAAAAGGCAUCUUGCUUAUUACAUUUAUUUGCGGUUAUUUUCACAUCCCAAAUUUAGACUGAUGUCUGGAAUUUGGCACAUCCUGCUUCACAGUUUUCACAGAGUUUUCUGUGAAAGUUGCAGACCAACACAACAAGCCUUUUUCACAUUGUUUUUUUUGUGUUAAACCUAUGAAACAUAUUCUUUUGUAAUUGUCUCACAUACUGUAUGUUACUUUUUGUAAAUGUUAAUCAUUUUUGCUGUAUUAUUGAGGGAAAAAAAAAAGUGCCAACCAAUAGAAAUCAAGUCUUGUCAUUUCAUUCCCAGGAUGUGUCCAGCCACAGUUUGCACUGGACUGGUGUGUGUGCCAGUCCAACAAAAGUUAUCACCCGGGUGUAUGUUUCAGUGUGUAUGUUUUUUUUCUUUUGUUUUGUUUUUUUUUUGUUGUUGGUUUUUUUUUUUUGCUGAGAAGGGAUUUAGUUCACUUUUUUUGGUCGAUUUCACAUAUAAAGGAGGUAUAAUUUACAUAAACUGUGUUACCAAACGUGCUCACAACAGUUAUAUGAAGAAAAUCUGUGUACAUUCAUGAAUGUGAACAUUCCCAUAAACGCGAGAGCAAAGCAGAAUUAGUUUUGGAGGUGAAAAUUCUUCCAUAGUCAGUUAAACCAGAGAAACCUUAUUUUUUCAAAAGGGUGUUUUCAUAUAAAACCUAGCCUGAGCAGCCCGUUUACAUGCCUGUGUGUUUAUCUGCAUGAGAAUAUCUGAGUGUGUGAAGUAAGCUUCCUAUAUUUAGUUUGGUGUGCACACUGAACUUCCUGUGUGUGUGUGUGUGUGUGUGUGUGUUUGUACAUGUUUGUUGCCAUCUGUAAUUACUGUACGGUACUGACCGUUUUGUCAUAAAUGCUAGGUUUCAUAAACAGAUUUGUGGUCUUUCUGCUGAUGAUAUAGCACACUGGAAAACUGCCCGAAAACUGCUGAGACAAGUACAUGUGUGUGUUUAGUUGUCUGUGUUUGUGUUGCUCACCCACUUUCCCUCCCACUGAACGUCAACAGUAGUUGAAUGUCUGACCUUGUUCUUAUUUGCUUUCAGUAGCCAUCAGCACACAUGUUCCAUGUCAAUGCAAUAUUUAUUCCUAUGCAAACACAAUAGUAUAGCCAGCCUCAGGAUGUAAAAGCUUCGACUUCAGUGGUCUUUAUCAACCCGCUGAUUCGAGAUCAGUGCUUCAUAUUGCUGGUAUAUGCGGAAAAUCUUUAAAGCUCCAAAAUUAAAUCUGAUCAGGAAUCUCUGUUUGUAUGACAUCUUCCAUAAAAAUUUGAAUGUCUUUGAACACACAAGAACUGGCACUUAAAUGGCGUGAAAGUAAAUGAGGUAUGUAUAGAAAUCCUUGUUCUGUUCGAGUGCUGGUGCUUCAUUUUAAUCCAGUAACACUGAGAGUCAUUGAGAAGACGGCACUGCCUGCUCUCAAGCACAAAAUAUGUUAUAGCUGCAUUUAAGCCUGCUGUUUUAUGUCUGCUAUACUGUUAUUAUCUGUUCACGUGGACAGUGCCAGGUGUGUUCCACAUACUAAAAAGUGGCAUUAAGAAAACAUAAAAACAAAUGAAAAGGACAUCAGAAUAUCACUGGAAUAUUUGUUGUUUUCUAAUUUGAGUAAUUCCUUCUGUUUGUUAAUUUUUUUUUUAAAGAGCUUGUUUUCUAUGUGAAUUUUUAUGAUUGAUUAUUUUAAUGUAUUUGAAUGGAGACGAGAUUUUCUUUUUUUUUCUUCAGAGAGUGCUCUAUGAAUAGAGAAUAAUGCACACAAGUCAUUCUGUUUGUUACACAGAACUAUUAAAAAUGUCUUAAGAAAUUU